UUUUGCGUACAGUGCGAUGAUGUUAGUUAAAGGUUAGCUCAACAGACGAGUUGUAGGAGUCACGUCGGGACUCGUCCUCUUGUUGUUGCGUUGUGAGUUAGUUAAUGUGCAGAGUCUAACGUUAAAGCUGUCAUAGCGACGUUAUGGAGAAGCUCUGCGCUUAAAUCCGAGGUUUUAUUUUUUUUUUUUUUUCAGGGUCUUCGCUGGCUCUUAACGUUACCCAGCUGUCGUUCAUUGAUUGUAACGUUAAAAUAAAAUGUGGACGAGUCAGCAGUCGUUCAUUUAACUGCGUAACGUAAAGGCAACAGCCAACAACAAGGAGGCUCUAACUUCACCCAGUGAAACCACAGGCUGUAGUGAUGUCGGAGCCUAAGCCCCCGACUCCGACCCCCGGAGACACAUACAAGGGUUGGCUCUUCAAAUGGACUAACUACAUCAAAGGUUACCAGAGACGCUGGUUUGUUCUGAGCAAUGGGCUGCUGUCUUACUAUAGGACCCAGGCAGAGAUGGGUCAUACAUGCCGAGGCACCAUCAACUUGGCCACAGCUAAUAUCGCUGUGGAGGACUCGUGCAAUUUUGUAAUUUCCAACGGAGGGGCGCAGACCUACCACUUGAAGGCCAACUCAGAAGUAGAGCGCCAGCGGUGGAUCACUGCCCUGGAGCUCGCCAAGGCGAAGGCUGUCCGCAUGCAGGCCGAAUCUGAUGACUCGGGUGACGAUUGCCCUGCGGUGCCCCCCACCUCAGGACAGGGUGGAGGCUGCCGUAACUCAGAAGUCCAGUCCACACUACGCACACUAAACAGCAAGGUGGAGGACCUCACCACCUGCAACGAUCUCAUUGUCAAGCAUGGGUCUGCCCUCCAAAGGUCUUUGUCAGAGCUGGAGGGGAUUCGUGUCGGAGGGGAAAUGGGGGAAAAGAUCAGACAAGUGACAGAGAGAGCCACGCUGUUCAGAAUCACCUCUAAUGCCAUGAUCAAUGCAUGUAGAGACUUCCUCUCCCUGGCCCAGAGCCACAGUAAGCGCUGGCAGAAGGCCUUACAGGUUGAAAGAGACCAGAGGAUACGACUGGAGGAGACUCUGGAGCAGCUCGCCAAGCAGCACAACCAUUUGGAAAGAGCUUUCAGAGGAGCCACAGUUCUCCCCCCAUCAUUCAGCAACCCUGCCUUAGGUAACAAAGGCGGUGUGCCAGGAAAAGGUGAUGCCAGUGACGAGGAUGAUGACAAUGAGUUCUUUGAUGCUAUGGAAGACCCAGCAGAGUUUAUCACUGUCCCUGCUGACCCCAAGUAUCACAGGAGAUCUGGCAGCAACGUUAGUGGGAUCAGCAACGAGACUGGAAUGGAUGAUCAGUCGGUAAAUUUUGAUGAACUGUCUUUGGCAUCCAAUCCAGAGUCUCCACAGUCUCUUGAGCUGGAGCCAGUUCGACAAAGACGGACUCGUAUCCCUGACAAGCCCAACUAUUACCUCAAUCUGUGGAGCAUCAUGAAGAAUUGUAUUGGAAAGGAGCUCUCAAAAAUACCAAUGCCUGUGAAUUUCAAUGAACCCCUGUCAAUGCUGCAACGUCUAUCUGAAGACCUGGAGUACUACGAACUGCUGGAUAAGGCUGCUAAAUGUCAGAGCUCCCUAGAGCAGAUGUGUUACGUGGCCGCUUUCACUGUCUCUUCCUACUCCACCACUGUCCACCGUACAGGAAAACCUUUCAAUCCUCUGCUGGGAGAAACCUUUGAGCUUGAUCGGCUAAAAGAGUGUGGCUACCGCUCCCUCUGUGAACAGGUGAGUCACCACCCACCUGCUGCAGCUCACCAUGCCAUCUCUGAAAAGGGCUGGACCCUCAGACAAGAAAUUACCUUGGCCAGCAAGUUUAGAGGAAAAUAUCUCUCUAUCAUGCCUUUGGGUUCUAUCCAGUGUUUAUUUGAAAAGAGCAACAAUCACUACUCUUGGAAGAAAGUGACCACAACAGUACACAACAUCAUUGUUGGAAAAUUAUGGAUUGACCAGUCAGGGGAGAUAGAUGUGGUGAACCACAAGACAGGAGAUCGCUGCCAUCUCAAGUUUGCGCCCUACAGUUACUUCUCCAGAGAUGUACCAAGAAAGGUGACAGGAGUAGUAACAGAUAAGGAUGGGAAGGCUCAUUACGUGCUAUCUGGAACCUGGGAUGAGAAGAUGGAGUUUUCGAGGGUAAUGCAGAGCAGUAAAGGCGAGAAUGGCACUGAAGGCAAACAGAGGACUGUCUAUCAGACCCUCAAAGCCAAAGAAAUCUGGAAAAAGAACCCUUUACCAGAGGGAGCAGAGAACAUGUACUACUUCUCCUCUCUGGCCUUGACGCUCAACGAACCUGAAGAAGGAGUGGCACCUACUGACAGUCGAAAACGCCCUGACCAGCGGUUAAUGGAGGACGGCCGCUGGGAUGAGGCUAACGCAGAGAAACAGAGGCUGGAAGAGAAACAGCGCACCACCCGUCGAGAGAGGGAGAGGGAGGCUGUUAAAGCAGUCAGCCCACCUGAGGAAGCUGUCACUGAGGAUUCAAUCAAUGAUUCACCCUUGAAAACUGAUGCAGUGGAGACUGGCACAGAAGCAAAUGAGGUUUCUGAUGAAACUGACACAGAGGACUCUCCCCCUCAUACACCUGUUGCAUCCCCUUAUGGACCAUCGCCAAACCCUUAUCUAAUGGAAGGCAAGGAAGGUCCUUAUGGAGCUCAAGUCAAAAGCGCCCAUCAAGACAACUACCAAGCCCUGUGGUUCGAGAAGUUGGACGACUCCGCGUCCGGAGAGACCUUGCACGUCUACAAGGGCGGUUACUGGGAGGCGAAGGAACAGGGCUCCUGGGACAUGUGCGCUGACAUCUUCUGAUCCCGGCCGAGUCAACUUGUUUUUCCUUUUUGUGGUGUAAAAAUGAGAAGAUGCUAAGAGGUGACCUACCUUACAUCAGAUAAAGUGGGGAAGCCUAACAUCAACCUUUCUUAAAUGUCCUCAGCUUCAACUGAUCACCCCACUCCACUCCCCCUUCCCAGCAGUGAUUGGCUCAGGAUUAAGGGCAUCUGGACUUCAUCCUCAACAUAGAUACAAUGCACAUUGUAGCAUUGUUGUGACAUUGCUGCUGAUUAGUGUUCAGAAUUCCCUCUCACUGCCUCUUGGGCUUAAUCUUGGUCCACUUGUUUGUUCUUGGGUUCCUUGGUAAAGCCUUUGAUUUGCAUUUGGCAACAGGUUAUUCUGGUAAUGUCAUUAUGCAGUCUCUUUAAAAGCACUAUUGUGAAAGGCGUAGUUUAUCCUGGUGACAUCUUACAAUAUUCAAGGUUUGUUUGGAUAGAGUGAGCUCUUACCUAACAUGUAAUUUAUUUGUUUGUUUUUUGUGCAUUCCUGAUAAUGAUUAUUUAGCGAUGAGUUUAUUGGAGCGUCCCCAGCACAGCAACACUGGAAGUCAAAGUUUAAUUAUACCCAAUGUUUUAGUAGUUCACACAGUAAAUAUUCACUAUACCGGUUUCAGACCACAUUAAAUGCAUAAAUGUAUGAGCUUCAGUGGUUCUGAUAAAAAAAAAACAGUUUUCUUCAUACUGUUUCUUCAGAAAAUAAUUAAUGGCAUAUUUGAACAAUUAUUUUUCGAAUUUAUCUGGUAUAAAAUGUAAGUUUGCCUUUGAAUUUAUUGUGAUUUGCGGUGCUACUUUAUUCCCUGAAGUGAAAGAAGUCCGGAGUUAUACUAUAUCCACAAAUUAGCCUUUUUUUUUAUUUUUUACACUCGUCUGCUCCCUUUCAAAAUCUAUUUAUGAUUGUUUUUCCCCCUAAUAUUCCCCAAAUCCCCCUAUAAAAUACAUGAUAGUGGUGAAGAGACAGAAAGUAGUUCAUUGUGAUUAUGCACUCCUCACACAUAUAUACAAGUCUGGUUUUGUCAUCUUAAGAAUCCCUAAUUGUGGAUCUUAAAUGGCUGCAUCCUUUGUUUCUUUUCUUAAAACGUUUCACUAUAUAAUAAUGACAUUACAUGUUUUUUCUAUCUUUUUUAUUAAUGAAGAAUAAUUACAUUUCUGUGUGUAGCACAUUUAUUUUAAUAGAAUAUGUGUUCUUUAUUUAAUAUAAUAACAUUGAAUAUAAAAAAUACCAAUGGCACUAUUGCCAGCAAUGUGGGGAAAACAUUCAGAAGAAUUUUAGUUUUUUCAUGUUUUGUUUUGUUUUUUCCUUCAGCACAAAAGGUAAUUUACACUUAAUCCACAUUUUGCAGUUAGUAAAUUACAUGUACACAAACCUAUGAAAAAUCUGUUAUGUUUUGUGAGACACUGCGGCCCCCCGAAAAACACAACGUUCACUGGACAUAUAGGGUGAGUGGCGCUUGCAUUUAAAAGAUUUGUGAAGGGGGCGGCUCAGAAUAAACUGCGUGUACGUAAGUUGCUCUUUGAAGAAUGUAGCUGUUGAUCGUUGAAAGUGUUGAGUAAGAUGAAAUCAUCUUGUGUGUAAGAUUGACUCUAAUCCUUACGUUUAAGAUUGAAUAUGUUAUUAAGUCUAUUUUGAUUCUCCAACCGAGUGCACACAUUUCAGACUUGUAUUUUCAUACAUAAAGUUUGUGCUCUUACUAAUACUUGGAUCUACCAAGUAUUCAGUUCUACUUUCAAAGUAAGUGUCGAGGCCGACAUUGAGCUGCUGAGAUUAAUUUGCUCAGUUGGCACUGAGCUGUGUGCUUAUUUCUACUGGCUUGAUGAUUUAGUGAAGGAAAACGUGAGGCAAGUGUUUUUGUCCUCCAUAGUUUACUUCAAACGUAUUGAUCAUAGCUUUAAUCUUGAUUUAGGUUAUUUUAGUCUGUGUGUUGCGAGUGUAGAUUAUUAACAAACAGCAAUAAGAGUGCCUCAGUGCAUAUACAUGUGGCACAAAAUGAAAUGUAUGAAGCGAGAACUAAACCUGCAAAAACUGAAUUCUGUCAUUGUAUUUGUCUCUUUUGUUAUUCGUCAUAUGAGUGGAAGGACUGCGGUGUGGUGGAUGAAAAUCUAAAGUUCAUUUUAUAUUCAAGUGUACUUAAAAUGAGAACACUGAAAAUGAAGAUCACAAAACAUAAUGUUGCAAAUAUUUCUGUGUAAAUAUAUUAAAUAGUAAAGUAAUUGUGGUAUUAACUGGUUAUAUUGAUAGAGAAUCUAAUGGUGGUGAUGCACUUUUCCUUUUUUUUUCCCCAUCUCACAACUGGAUGUAUUUCAUUGUCUCAGCUGAGUGUACUAUGUUACCACGAGUCACUCUACUGGCUCGGAUAGCUUUAUUUAAAUUAUAUGAAGUUCUGAACAAUUCCCUACUAUUGCUACAUACAUCGUGUGUGUGUGUGUGUGUGUGUGUGAGGAAUGUACAGCUAGAUGCCACACUACAUCUCUAUAAUGACAGAAUGAGUUCACAGGUUUGUCUGCCCUGUCUUUUUCAACAUAUAUAAUUAUAAUGUUGAUUUUCAGCCACUGCUCUCUCUAUUUACAUAGCCCCAUUAUUCCAUUCAACCUUUUUCACUCCUUUCAUUGUUUCCAGCUAUGAUUUUUGCCCUGCACUUUGGACACUGUCACUAUACAUAAUGCCACAAGAUCCCACAAUUCGUACAAAUUGACUGGUGUCCUUGCACUCAUGCAAAGUACAUCCAUUAUCUUUCAUGCCCUUUGUGGUUUGACUUACAAAUGGUCAACUUUUGAUGUUGGCUACUGGAGAGUUUGUCAUUUUGUGAGUUUUCCUAUGUCCAGUAAUUGCAAAGAUAUUUCCAUUUGUUGAAAUAUACAUAUGUAUUGACUCACGGCUCUGAGCAUAUUUUCCACCUUUUCUGUCCUUUCGGUGCAGUUUUUUUUUUUUUAGCUGGAUUGUGUUAGGGGUUGACAAUAUUAAAGUUUGAAUGGAGAUGAAGUGCA